AUAUGACAGUCAAUAACGCGAGUUUCAGUAUAACGUGUCGUAUUUUUGAUUUAAUUUUCAUUAUUUUUUUUGUUAAUGAAACGGGAGUUUACAUUUAUUUUUAAUUGUUAUAAAUAUUAUAGUUAACGUGGUUUAAUAUAAUAAAUAUUUCAACGUUAACAAAAUGGCUAAAUUACAAAAUAACAGUAUUUUAAAAUGAUGUCAUCGUUGGCAACGUCUACAUAUCCACGUAUAGAUCAUCGAACUGUGCUAAAAAACCUCCAGAUAGAAACAAACAACAACACCUGUAAUGACAGAGUGAAAACAGACGUCUUUAACCCAAUUAACAAUACAACAGAUAACAAUAAAACAACUGCACCAGCUGACACCAAACUAUCCAUACAUUAUUCCUCCCAACUACCACUACCAACCUCAUCGCCCAGGACAUAUGCACUACAGAGAUCCGCUAUAGCAACGAAAAUACCAUAUCCUUUGGCAACACUUUGGUCGAAUCAGAAAUAUAUAAACAACCACAGCUACGGCAACGGCAACAAUUUCAAACGUUCCUCUUCAGUGCGCUUGCGUGGUAUAAAAUCAAAUUUACCACUCAUCAUGGAACCAACCAUAAAUGAAACACCAACAACAACUACAACGAAUGCAGCCACUGUGAAUGAGGAGAAAUGCAGCAGUAGCAGCAGCAAAAACACCCACGAAACAACAACUACGGCUACUGUGACCGGUGGACUACAAUUCAGUGCUAGACGAAAGCUGGCAUUAAUCUCACAAACGGACGCUAAUGUGGCGGAACCCACAUUAAUAAAACGGUCACUGUCGUUGCGUAGAAAUUACAAAGUUUCCACUAAUAACAACCAUAACAGCUCUAGCAGUUGUAACAAUAACAAAACGGAUUCCUCAAAAGAUAAAAUAUGUGUGGCAACGAAUAUAAAAUCCUUAUCUCUACAUGAUGUGGCCAAAACUAAAGAUCAAGGUGAUGGUCUUAAGGCAACAACAACGACAACAACAUCAACAGCACCAGCACCAGGAGUUGACAAACAAACAUCAACUUCAUUAGCUGUGGAAAAUGUUAAAGAUUUAAGCAAAAUGUCUUUGAAUCAUAACGGUGUAACAACAGAAAGUGAGGCGACAGCGACAACAGCAGCAGCAGCAACAACAUCGACAACAGCUACACAGCCAACACGACCAUUGACAUUGGCCACCUCAACAACAGGAACUUCAAAAGGACUUAAAUCACCAAAAACUCCCCAUACUAUUGGUAAUCAUAUAAUUCCUACUUCAACUCCCAUCACUGGAACGCACCAUACACAUUCUCAUAAUCAGCAGCAGCAUCAUCAUCAGCAGCAGCAUCAUCAUCAGCAGCAGCAACAUAAUCAUACAUCGUCACACUGCAAAACAUCGCCGGGCUCAAAGCUAACGCCCAAAACACCACCAGUGACCCCAGAUUCGCCCUCCACUUAUUUGGAUGAUGAUUUAGAUUCUUUGUUUUCAUACGGUACCACUACAUCAGGACGUUCGACAAUGUCUUGUGAACAUCCCUAUGUUGCCAGAAAUGGCACCACUUUCAGUGGUCGUAAAAUGAAAUAUGUGGUUCACUGUUCAAAUUACGCCGGACAGGUGGGCGCUGAUUAUCUAACGCCCACCCAGAGAGCUCAACGCCAGUUGCGGCGUCUUAAAGAACUGCUCUGUUCCGCCCGUCAUGAUCUUGAGCAAAAAGAUUCGGAAAUUUUACGCCUCACACGCGAAGUGGUCGAAUUGCGUCUAUUCAAGGCCUCUCUGAGUUCGCCGGAAGAGCGUUCGGCUUCUAGCGAUGCUGUCACCGUACGCGAAGCAGAACUCAAGACUUCUCAGGAUGUUUCACCCAUUGUCGAUAUGGUCGAUGAUGCACAGAAAACAUCCAGCCCUCGUCAUCAUGCUCAUACCCCUUCAGUCAUGCUACAUAAUCAGCAACAUUUGCCACAAAGCUCUCUCCACCAUCAGCAACACAACAUGAUGCACUUGUCAUCCGACAUGCAGUCAUCAUUCGCCGAUUCGGGACAUUUUGAAGACAUGACCUCUUCUUCAGUACAUUCCAAAGACUCCUCGUCGUACACACCCUCACUACACACUCACGAUCAGGCCUGUGGUAGUGAUGCGGCCUCCUGUUCGCCCAAUGCAUCGGCCGCUUCGGCUGCCACAGUCGAACAGUACGAAUUGCAACGUCAAGAGUUGAUACGUUUGUACGAGCAGCGUAUUGAGGAUUUGAUACGCAACCAGGAUGCUGCCACCAGCGAAAUGAAGCGUACGAAUUGUGAUCGUAUUGAGGCUUUGUUGCAAAAGUUGGCCGAAUGUAAUACACGCUAUGCUGACAUUGUGCCCGACUACGAACACGCCAAGGAGCGUAUUCGUGAGUUGGAGAAACAAUUGGAAGAGUUGCAGCGCCGGCUGGCCGAACACGAAGAGAAACAGAAGCAAAUGUAUUUGCAUAUGUAUCAGAAGGGUCAAGAAUCGGAGCGUAUUGCUCGAGCUGAUCAGGCUUUAGAAUUGGCACACCGAGCACCACAAAACAAAGUAUCGAUCAAUGAGUUGCUGCAUCAAUUGCAAUCCACCCAGGAUGAAUUGGAAAACAUACGUGCAGCAGAAUGUAGAAAUGAAUGCGGCAAUAAUCAUGCUCUCCUUACUGCAAAAGAGGCAAUUUCUUUGUGGGUACUUGGCGCGCGUAAGACCAUUUAUCGCCGUUUAUUGGAAGCGCAAAAGAAUCGCACUCAUGUGGAUCCAGAGGUAACACUACAAUUCCUAAAAAGUGCUGUUUACUAUUUCCUCACCGACAAGGAAAACUCCCAGGGCCAUUUGCAGGCCAUCGAAAGUAUUUUGGAAUUCAGCGAAGCCGAGAAACAGACCAUUAACAAGGCAAGAUUAGCCAAAUAAUUGAAAGAAUAGAAAGAGAGUAACUACUUUAAAAUAAAUUAUACAAAAAAUAUUUUAAACUUACAACAUUAUGAUUAACUUUAAACAUUAUUAUACAAUGAAUGAAUGAAUAUAUUAUGUAGUUAUUUAAGUAUUUAUUUUAAUAAUUUUUUAUCAUUUGCAAUCAUAGAUAAAUACGCAUAUUGUAGAUGGGAAACUCUCCUGUCAAA